AUGCCUUGUGAUCAAGAAUCGUCCUCCUUUUAUAGCUCCGAAGUAGAUCGCAACCUCCUCCGCGUAUCUCGUCCACGUGCAACUACCGAUCCCGCUAUUUCCGGAUCUGAACGAUCAAAGCGAGAUUCUCGUUUGACCCGUUCAAACUCAGCUUGCGGACUUGACUCCGUCGAGCUAGAGCUCGACUUCGUCUUCACAAGUAGCUCGGACAGUAAACAGCUGGAUUUUGGACAAGGAUAUUUGGGGCUCGAGGUCAUUUUACUGGGCCUGAGUGGACUUAUCUUGACCUUAGGACUUAGGUGA